AUGGAUGAUAAAAUUAGCAUAUCCUCCAACAGGGAAGUUAAGUUCCCAAAGUUGGAGGGACCCUUGACGGACAUAUACUUGAAAAGACUUGACGAUUAUUUCUCUCAAACAAUUUUAUCCUCAGUAAAAAUUGAAACAUUGAUGAGCAAUUUAUCUGAUGACAUAUACGAUAAAAUUAAGUCAUUAUGUACUAAGGAAGAUAUCAAAGAUUAUAAAAUUAUUAUUAAAAAAUUAAAAUUUUUAUUAUUCAGUCAAGAUGUUUGGAUAUUGACUGAGAAGUUUAACCUUGCUUCACAAGGUAAUAAUGAAUCGUUUUUGGAUUGGUUUUUUAGAUUGUCCAAAUUAAGUAGACAAUGUAAUUUUAUUAAUGAUGAUCGCAUUAAAGAAAAAUUGAGAAAAAGUAGUGUAAAUGACAAUAUAAAAAAUAAAUUAAAUAAAAAUAUUAACUACACAUUAGACGAAAUGAUUGAAAUAGGAAAAAAAUUAGAUAGUGUUAACAUUAAAUCAGAAAGUGACAAUGUUAAUUAUGUUUUUAGUAGGGAUAAAAAAUUUAAUAAAAAUAAUGACAAUAAUACAAAUAAUGAUAAGAAUUUAGAUAUCCAAAGUAUUUCUAAUAGGAGUGAGAUUAAUAGUUACUAUAAUAGACCGAAUUAUUAUUCGAGGCAAAAUUUUGACAGUAGGAAUAGAAAUCAUGAUGAUAACAAUUUUAGUAAUGUUAACGACAACAGGAAUAGGAAUUUUAGUAAAGUUAGAAACAAUAACAAUUAUAAUAAUAACAACUAUAGAAAUGAUCAAAUAAUAGUAACUAUCAAAAUUACAAUUAUCGGUAUAGCAACAGAAACUUUCAUAAUAAUAAUCAUCAAUCUUAUAACAACAACUAUUGUAGGAACAACGCCUGGUUUAAUUAUAAUCAGAGGAGGCAGAUUUAAUGUGACGAUCAAAAUCAUAAUAAUUACCGAUAACAACAAUUCAAGUUAUGAAGGAAACAACAGGUGGCAUAAUAAUGAUAACCAAAGAAAACAAAUCGAAUAUGACGAUCGUAAUCGGUGGAAGGAUUUUAAUCAAAGAAAACAAAUCCAGUAUGAUAAUCAAAACUUCUACGAUAUCAAUAAUUGUAAUAUGAACAUUGAAGAAGUUGGGGAAAAUAAAGUUGACACUGCCAAAGAUAAUAAUGAGAAUAAUUUCAAUGUCAACAAACUGGCUGAAAAUACAGACAAAGGUGAUGACAGUGCUUUUAUGACAACUUUGAAAUUAAAUAAUAUUACUACUACUAUGCAGGUUGACACUGGAUCAAAAUAUACCAUCAUACUUCAUGAUAUGGCUAAAAAAAUAUAUAAGAGAAAUGAAGAAAUCUAG